AUGUAUAAGUUCAAGGAGCUGACGGCAACAGUAUUCAAUCACAUACCGUUGACGAUGUUAAACAUUAAUAAAGCCCAAUCAGUGGACUGCCAUGAUCGCGAUACUCAGAGGCGAUAUGCGGGAUAUCUUUGGCUUGAAAUCUCACUCACGCACCGCUUGAACGAAAAGCUGAAAACCCGGUGGUUACUCGAAAACGAGCAUCAACUUCACCAAGCUCUGAUAUGUUGCCGUGUAACUAGACCAGCCCUAGAAGAUGCACCUUACUUCAGCAAUAGUUCUGCGGGGAUAUACGACUUCCACGGAGUCAGGGCACGCAUUCAAAUUCUACGCCAGCGACUGGAAAAGGAGCAAGAGCUCAUUGACGAGACCAGGCAGCAGCGGAAGGCAAUGGGAUACAGAAAAAGCAUAAGGUUUUGCCAUAUGUGCAUUGAUUCAGCUGAAGCUCUAAUCAAUAUGUCGUGUGGCCAUCGCAUUUGUUGUCUAUGCAAGUCAAGUUUCCCGUGUCAGAUUGACAGCACCAGCCAGGCACCGAUGUAUGAAUGUGGUUUGUGUUGGAAAACAGCAUGUGCCCUGAAAAGCCAUUGGAAGCAAACUCCUUAA